CCCCUCGAUACCCCAGUUUUUAGUGCACUAUGUACGCCUCCUCGACCUUUGUCUUCACGGCCAUCUUAGCCCUGGCAAAAAUUGCCGUUGCUACUCCUCCUGCGUGUCUAAUUGCUGCUAUAGGUGCCCAAGCAAACCCCGGCGACCUGAAAUCUCUCUGCGGAUCUCUCGAAUCACAAGUGGUUGGAAACAUCACAGAGAAAUGCUCUGGAAGUGCUGAGUCUGCUGCUAUAAGUGUUUACUCUGCUACUUGCCUUGCCUCUGCUUCUGUUACAAUAUCUAUUCCCUCUUCAUCUUCGACCUCUGCAUUUGCUACAGGGACUGGAAAGACCUCAGCUACUGGUAAGGCGUCUGGAUCUACAACUGCCACUACCGGAUCUGCAACUGCAAAGGUUACUGGGACCGGAAGUUCUUCUACAGGAACAGCGACAGGCACUGCUGCUAGCUCCACUACCACAAAAGCGAGUAGCGCAGGAUUCAACUCUCCUCAACUUGUUCUCGCCUUCCUAGCAGUCGGCUUCACUGGCCAAUAUCUCCUUUAAGAAUGUAUAGCAGGCGGAUAGUUGUGCGGCGUAUAGUUGGACGAUAUGGUCUUUAGCAGAUAUGAGAUUGAGACUGCAUUUGAGUUUAGACCAGCAAUAUACCAGGCGGAUCGAGCAUUUGGAAUAAUUAGAUUUUACUUCAUACCCAACAUUGGUUAUUUGUAUAGCGCAUAAUGAUGCUCUGGUCUAACCCAAAGU